CCUUUGGUAAGGGAGGCUCCUAUGAAGAGCUUCUGACCAACCUCUGCAGAGGAAGGAACUGAGGAGGGCAAGGAUGAUGGCCAGACCGUACCAUGUAGUAGUGGUCCUAUUGCUGCUGGAAAGUUCCGCCAGGUUUGGAGAAGGAGCUUCUAAUCCUGGAGUUGUGGCCAGGAUCACCAGAAAAGGCCUGGAAUAUGCAAACCAGUACGCAGUGGCCACCCUGAGAAAGGAGCUGCCGGCCAUCAGGUUGCCUGACUUCUCAGGAAGCUUCAAGAUUGGUUGGUUUGGACGGGUGAGCUACAAUUUUCACAGCCUGAAGAUCCAUCGCUUCGAGGUCCGAAACUCAGAUCUGAGUCUACUUCCAGGGCUGGGAAUCAGAGCUUCCCUGUCCAACAACGAUCUGUCUAUGGGUGGGAACUGGAAGGUGAAAAAAGGAUUCAUCAACCUGAAAGGCUCGUUUGAUCUGAAGGUGGAUGGCAUUUCCAUCUCAGUCUCUCUGAACUUGGGCAAGGACGAGACUGGGCGACCCACGGCCUCCGUACACCACUGCAGCAACUCCAUUGGCCGAGUGAGCGUCCGCAUUUCUGGAAGCUUAAGAUGGAUCCUGAAUCUCUUCCAUAAAAGAAUUGAAAGCAGUAUCAAAAGAAUCUUGGAAAACCAGAUCUGCCAAGUGGUCAAGAAGUCAUCAGACUCACACCUGAAGCCCUACCUCCAGACUCUGCCAGUCACCCUGAUGAUUGACCAGGUUGCUGGUAUUGACUACAGACUGUUUGGAGCUCCCCAGGUGACCUCUAAAAGUGUGGACAUACCCAUCAAGGGUGAAUUCUUCAGCCAAAGCCAACGCACCCCAGUCCCUUUCGAUGCCCCAGCCAUGAUGCUGCCCCAACAAUAUGACCGCAUGGUCUACUUCGCAGUCUCCGAGUACGUCUUCAACACCGCCACCAGGGUCUACCACCAGGCUGGGCUCCUGAAUGUCACCAUCUCAAAUGGGCACCUGGCCGGGUUGUUCCCCAAUAUGCAAGUACAAUUGGAGGCAUCCCCUGAAUCAGAGCCGCACCUGUGGUUCACUCCUGGAAAUGUGACCAUUGCUCCUGUGAUGGACGUCCAAGCCUUCAGCAUCCUGCCCAACUCCUCUGACCGCAGGCCACUCUUCCAGCUCAGGGUGAAAACCAACUUCUCCAUCUCCAUCAGCGUGAACUCCGAUAGGAUCGUUGGCUCAGUGUCCCCAGAAAGUGAGCUGAAACUCGAAUUGAAACACUCCAACAUCGGUUCUGUCGACGUGGAGGAGAUGGAAACCAUCUUCAACCUCUUUGCACGUGAGGUCAUCUACCCCUCUAUCAAUGCCCAGCUCAAAAAGGGAUUUCCACUCCCAGUUCCAAAGAACAUCUUCCUCAACAGUGUGGAGCUCCAGAUUCACGAGAACUUCUUGCUUUUAGGGGCCAACAUCAAUUAGACUGUGGCUAGAGGAGUGACCAUAUCACAGCCGGACCUGCCCUUGACCCAGUGGAGGCUCAAAGGCUGCAGCUACUCUCCCCAUGAGCUCCUGCUGCCCUACUGACAGUUGUCACCAGAGAACCUAUGACAUCUGAAGACACAUCUGACCUGGAGACACCUUCCCAACUUUCCUCCUCCUUUUUCUCCUUCCCCCGCCCCCAGGUGUUUUCUUUGGAUCCCCUGCUUUACCCUGGGGAGCUCAACCUGACUCCAUACUAGUCUACACUAGAAUCUACUUCCAUUAAGGAAAAAAGCACCAGCAGUGGCCAGGCACCAAGCAGCCCAAAUUAAACACAGAGCAACUAA